AGUAUUGUUCACGCAGUUGAAUCUCGCGCAGCUUAUUUUUUACGUUUAAGUGGUAGUGUAUAGUGAAGUGUGCGUGUUCAUAGUUUGUAUUAGUGUCUUACUAUGAAAUAAUACACGAUGAACGACCGAGAAAAUGACAUAGAACCAUAUCAAGCUGUAGCAAAAGGACUUAACUCGCCUGAAAUACGAUCAAAUAGUAACAUACCAUUUGCCGACGAAGUUGUUGAAUUAGAAAAUGUUAACGAUCCAAUUCGACCUAAACGCUUCAAAGACUUGGAGAAAGGAGAACCAGAGAAUCCGAAAAUUCACGCAUCCGACUUAGGAAGUGUUCACACACCAAACAGUGAUACAAUAGUAGUUGACACUCCUGAAGGAACUCUUUACAUAACUCUCGAUCCAGAUUCUUCCAAGUCAUCUAAGCCUACUAGUCCUAGUACACAGUCUACUGAUCUGUCGACGCCUAGUACAUCUAAAGCGUUUGGAGCUGAAGAGUCAGAUUCUUUGAUAACUUCUGAGUCAGAGGCAGAACAGAGAAAGACGAAUUUGAGACGAAAUUCAAUAUCGAUGCCGAAUAUAGAGCUGCUACGCCAAGAGUAUUUGAACAAUACACAAGGAAAUAUCCCCGAGCACCAUCAGAGUACAGGUUCCGGCUUCAGCGAUGGCGACAACACGCAGGAUGAGAAUAACGCUCUCUCGGACGAAGAACAAGCCAAAAGCCCUCUUAGGUCGCCGCGUCGUAAGCUACCACGACGGUCGCGGUCUGAGUUUAGUAUGGAUGACGAGGACUACUCUCCAAGCAACUCUGUUACCUCAGUCAAUUCACUCGCCAGCUUGCUGAAGGAGAAACUACAGAGUAUUCCCCAAAAAAUGCGAAAAAAGCCGACCGACUACAAGUUGCGCGCCUUCGUUCUCCUAAUGUUUCUAGCAGUUGCCUUCUUCAUCGGUUUCGCGUAUACGCUGUAUCGACAGAAGGCGCUUACGAAGGCGUACUUUGAGAGCGUGCAAUUCAACGAGGGAAAACGUUUAAUCAGAAUAUUUAAUAGAGAUGACAUCGAGAUAUUAAGAGCAAGUUUAGCUAUAGGAGUGCAGAACAAAAAGAAGUCAUUCCCCUGUCUUCCAGAGCAUCGACGACCAGACGGAUCCAUUUGUUUAGAGUGGCAAGAGGAUCUUCGCUUCUACCUUAAGUGUCUUCCGCAUGAUCCCGGAGUCGAUAACACCACAUGUUAUUCUGUACAUUGGCAGGCACUUCGCAAUGAUAUCGCACCAAUGGACUGCUUUGAUUGGAGUGAAACCAAAGUUCAUUGGUACGGCGGAGGACAAUCUGCUAACCUCACAUGGCCGCUGGAUUCGGGAGCCAUCGACUUCACACCUUUUAUUACUGGAGACAUGCAGAAAAAUCAGUUUGGCAACGUCCUCACUCGUUACUUUAUCAAUUCAAAAGGAGCGGCUAUCAUUGUCGAUGAAGAGACACCACUGUACCUCGCAGUUAACAACAGAAAUAAACAAAUUUGCAUAAAGGCUCAGUUCGAUGAUUUCGCUUUCGCUAAUCAACUUACAGAGUUUCCAGAACUAAAAUAUAACAUAUGCACUUCGCUGGACAUGAAAUCGUUACAUUCAUCCAUCCACAGCCACAGUAGAGCGCCUUUAUGGGACGGCUUGAAACCAGAUGAUAUGAAAACAUUGGUAUCCCUUAUUACUGAACCCGUCUGGCAAAUUGCACCCCGGUUCAAACAUGAACUGCAAGCUGAAACGAUCUCAAAAUAUACGGAAGAUGUUAUAGAUCUUGGAUUUUUAAAACAAGGCCACGUGCUAGUUAACGAGUUUUGGCAAAAUGAAAUUGGCGACUUUACAGUUGAUACGAGCCGCUUUAAAACUUUAAAUACAACAGUAGACAAACUACAUCGACGGGGCUUCAAGGUAGCAUUUACAAUACAGCCAUUUAUUAGCACUGAAAGCGGAAAUUUUGCUGAAACUGUGCAGAAAAGGCUGCUAAUAACAGAGAGAAAUGGCGAUAGAAAAAUACCAGCCUUGACACGUUUUAAGUCGGUAGACAGCGCUGGGGUCUUAGAUGCGACAGAUCAGAGAGCCCAUGCAUGGAUAUUUGACAAGCUUCAGAUUGUUAUGGAUGAAUAUCAUAUAGACUCCUUUUUUUUCGAUUUGGGGACUGCAUAUGACAUGCCUCACUACUACAGAUGUGAAAAAAGGUUAAUUAAUCCGGACCAAUAUAAAACAGCUUUCGUAGAAGCUUUUGAAAAGAAUCUUAAUAUAAUUGGCGUGUCAUCUGCGGUUAGUUUGCCAAGACCUCCCAUUUUUGUCGCUCUGCCACCGUUUGAAUCUAGUUGGGAGGCUCUAAGGUCUGUUAUACCAACAAUGUUAACCUAUGGCGUGAACGGAUAUCCGUUUAUCAUGCCAGGAGCAGUGGGAGGAGACAUCUACUGGCCUGGAAGCGAGCAAUUUUUACCUUCAGCUAAGGGGUCCUUGGACUCAAAUGCAACAAAUGCCACCCAAGAAAAUGGUAUCGAUUUGCCAGAAAAGGAAUUAUAUAUAAGAUGGCUACAGAUGGCGACAUUUCUGCCCGUGAUGAAGUUCACUCAUUUGCCCAGUAAAUACAACGAUGAGCGAGUGCUAGAGAUGGCCAAGAAUUUGACUAUUUUAAGACAGAAGCUUAUAACACCCCUUUUACUGAACUACAAGCGUGAGGCCCUUGAAGAAGGACUCCCUCUAAUUCGGCCUCUAUGGCUUGGGGCGGGCGGAGAGGCAUCUCUACUGGUCAGGGACGAGUUUACUAUUGGAGAUGAGAUUGUCGUAGCUCCCGUGCUGUACCCUAACCAGACUACAAGAGAAGUGUACCUACCGGCGGGGCUGUGGCAGGAUGGUAUCGAUGGUUCCUUGCGAAAAGGGAACAGGUGGAUGCACGAGUAUAGAGUACCCAUACAUAGAGUGGCCUACUUUAUAAGGAAACCGGACGAUAUGAGAUUUUAAAAUUGCACAUACAAAAGACUAGUAGUAUGCUGUCACAGAGUGACCAAUGCUAAGAACCUUCAAAGACAUAGAAAAUAGUCAUUAAAUUAGUGACCUUUUAAUACAGUUGUUUAAGUAUAUCGAAAGCGAUCUCUUGGUAUAGUUUGGAUGAGUUGAGUUAAUUUCUUGCCAGUACUGACCAGUUGUGCCCAUGGAAAUAGAAUAUCCUUGACUUCUGUUGUAUUAGGUCAUCCCAAUAGUUUUACACUAUAAUAAUAAAAAUUGGCGUAAAUGCAUGUUCAGCAAGAAUGUAAAAUUUUCUUACAAUUGUAAUUAAUUGAUACAAUGGUAAAUGUAUAUGGUAGAGAGUUUGCUAGUACCAAUAACAAGUUUUAGACUUAGUUUAAGAUUCUGUAAAAAUGUUGUUUUCAAACAAUUGUAUCACUAUGUAUAACGUUUAGUGAAAAACGUGUUCAUUUAAUACGUAAUAAUCUUUUUAUUUAAAAUAUAUUAGGUGGCCAUUAUGUACAUUACGGUACAUAAUCAGGUAAAUAGGUUGGCUUCAGACUUCAGUACUAAUUUAUAUAGCAAUUAUAUCUAAAUAUAAUGGCGAUGUUUUACUUUUUAAAAUAAGCUAAAUAAGAUUUACUCAUAAUCUUCUGUGCAUUCUUCUCUUCAUAUAAUAAAUCAUCGUAAUAAUACAUAUUUUUAACUGAUAUAUUCCUCUCUGUCAAAUUAUGUUUGUGUGCUUUGAUGGAAAGAUACGUAAUAUGUAAUUAGUUUCUAGUUACUUGUCGUUAAUAAGUACAAUGCUUGUAUAAUUGAAUUGUGUUCAAACUUCGUUUUUUAGUUUACCCAUAUUAUUUUGUGGUAACAAAAUUUGUUACAAUUUUGUUACCACAAAAUAAACGAUGUUAUGUCAAAUAAUGUAAGUCUAGUCUUCAGUGUUAUUGGAAUGUCUUUUAGAAAUGAAACGGCUGUGUUUAUCAUAUUUAUGAAUACCUAAAAUAUUAAGCACGUAACAACUAAUGAAUUGAUUUCAAAUUUAAAUACGUUUAUAGUUCUAGUGAUUUAGGUAUAUAAUAUUUUUACCUAACUCCAUGGUUUAAUUCCAAACUGUUAUAUAACCCAUGACAAGUAAUUGCAAAAUCUCAACGUACCUAAUUUUACUGCAAAUUAUAUAUAUGUACCUAUACUAAAAUACAUACUCUGUAAACUUGAUGUUAAAGAUCCCCUUUAACAUCAAGGGAUCUUCAGGUUAAGUCAGGUAUUACUGACUCUUGUUGAGCGAAUGGAUUCUAGAGUUAGGUAAAUAUAAUUGUGUAUUUCUUUUAUUUUCACUGUAAUAAUAGAAAUGAAAAAAUAAUUCCAAUUAAAAAAAACAUUUGUUUUAAAAAAUUUAGGAUUGAGUUUAAUCCUUAUAAUGCUAAUAACUCCGUAAAGUUAAAUAAAAUAUAGUUUGACUUUAUUAAGACGAAAAUUAUCGAUAAAAUAAUGUAUGGAAAAAAAGUACAAUAAAA